AUGCUCAUGAUGACGAUCAUAACAAUGGCAGCUCCCGUGGUGGUAAUGCUGGGUUUUGUGGACUUUGACUUGAGAGGAAAAUUGUGACUUGAGUUUUGCUUUUCAAGCAAAGUCGCUAAUUGUCGAAGUAAUAGUGGCGGAAAUGAAGGCAUUCUGUGGACGAGCCAAAUCGUCCUUUGGAGGUUUUGACUGCGUGGAGGAGACCGAAGAGUUCGACUAUCACCAGGAGAUAGCCAGGUCAAGCUAUGCUGAUAUGCUGUAUGAUCACGACAGGAAUGAAAAGUACUACCAGGGCAUCCGGGCAGCUGUGGCCCAUGUCCAGGCUAAGGGGGAGAAGGUGAUUGUCCUGGACAUUGGAACUGGAACUGGCUUAUUGUCCAUGAUGGCUGUUAGUGCUGGAGCUGACUUCUGCUAUGCUGUGGAGGUUUUCAAGCCCAUGGCUGACGCCGCCAAGUGCAUUGUGGAGAAAAAUGGCUUCUCUGACAAGAUCAAGAUUAUCAACAAACAUUCCACUGAUGUUACUGUCGGGCCAGGUGAUGAUAUGGAAAUGAAGGCCAAUGUCCUCAUCACAGAGCUAUUUGAUACAGAGCUGAUUGGUGAAGGGGCUUUGCCAAGCUAUGAACAUGCUCACCAGAAUCUUGUUCAGGAGGGUUGUGUGGCAGUCCCUCACCGGGCCACUGUCUAUGCUCAACUGGUGGAGUCGCAGCUGUUACGGAGCUGGGCUCAGCUGCAGCCGAUAGAGGUGCAGGGUAACCAAUUGUUGCCCCCUCCUGCUAUGGGCAACUGCAGCGGCACUCAUUCAGUUUGUGACAUUCAGCUCAGCCAGAUUUCACCCAGUAGCUUUACUGCUCUGAGUCCGAUCUGCACCAUGUUCAGUGUGGACUUCAGUAAGCCUGUAAGCAGUGCUCCGCAGUCCUACUCCGCUCAGUUUGUGGCUCAGACCAAUGGUCUGGCUCAAGUGGUGCUCUCCUGGUGGGACCUGGAUAUGGAUCCCAGUGGAACCAUUGUGUGUACCAUGGCUCCCAGCUGGACAUAUCCACAGCCAAAGAUGGCCCCAUGGCGAGACCAUUGGAUGCAGAGUGUUUACUUCCUGCCUGCUGAGUGCAAGGUGACUAAAGGACAAGAUCUGAGUCUCACUGUCUACCACGAUGACUUCAGUCUGUGGUACAGCCUCAAGCCUCUCAGCCGACAACAUUCACAGGACAGCAGGAUUCUCUCCCGGCCGUCCUGUACAUGCCAGGCACACCUGGUUUGGAAUCGACCACGAUUUGGUGAACUUAAUGACAAAUUUCGCACAGAGAGCUACAUCAAUGCACUGCACAGUGUUCUAAAGAAGGAUAGCGUUUGUCUCGGAGUAAGUGAUGGAAGUCUUCUUCCUGUGUUUGCACAUCUUUUGGGAGCCAAAAAGGUCUUCAGUUUGGAAAACUUCACAAUGACGAAACAGGUUAUUGAGCAGGUCCUGGAUGCAAACUCAUUGGGUGGACAAGUUGAGCUGCUGGACAUCAAGCCUGAGCAGCUGACCCUUCAAGAUUUAGGAGGAGAGCAGAUUUCACUGCUGAUAGGUGAACCGUACUUCUGCACAAGCCUCCUACCUUGGCACUCACUGUACUUUUGGUACUGCCGCACCACCCUUGCAGGCCUUCUUCGACCCAAUGCCACCAUCCUGCCCUGCUCCGCCACUCUUCACAUGGUGGCUGUCGAGUUCCAGGAUUUAUGGAGGAUACGUGCUCCUUGUGUUACAUGUGAGGGAUUUGAUGUCACACCCAUGGAUGAAAUGAUCCAGAAGUCACUGGAUUUCCAGGAGUCUCGCGAGGCAGAGCCCCACCCUCUGUGGGAGUAUCCAUGUCGUGCUUUGACUGAAUCUACAGCUGUCAUGACCUUUGACUUUACACACUGUGUCCCUCAGCAGCCUCUCAUUAGCCACGGUUCUCUACCAUUCGUAAGGAGUGGCCACUGCCAUGGUGUAGCGAUGUGGUUGGAGUACCACCUUACCCCGGACAUCUCAGUGAGCGUGGGGUUAACCGAACCAAUCGGUGAGCAGGGCCACUGUGAGUGGAGCCGUCACAGUAAGCAGGGCGUGUAUUUCUUCAGCUCAAGAUGGGAGGACUCAGGCAGUGACAGAGCUGCUGUUUUAUACAACUUAGUUUUUGAACCAAGUUCAGGAGAGGUCAAGAUGGACUUCAAUGUCAAGUCCGAUUGAUACAGAUGAAUUGAAAACUUUUUUACAACUGUGUGUUGUUUCACCUUAGUUGGGAAAGAAUAAAAUAACCGAUGUUUACUAUGUGUGGAAACAGUUAAAGAAACAUAACUGUGCAGGACUUGGGUUUGACUAUAUACAAAUACUUUAAUGCACCGCAAGAUUUGACAAUUAAAACAUUUUU